GCCGCCACCGCCGUCGAUACUAGACCGGUUCAAAGCUUUGCUUAAAAUCAGCGUGAAAAUGAGUUCGGUGGUGGUGAAGUGGUUUUGCCUCCGAGUAUGGAUGAGAUUGUUCAGCUUUAUGAGGUUGUUUUCGGUGAGCUUACUUUCAAUUCCAAACCUAUUAUUACUGAUCUCACUAUUAUCGCUGGUGAACAACGGGAACAUGGUGAAGGAAUUGCUAAUGCUAUUUGCACUCGAAUUCUUGAGGCAAGGCCUUUGUGUUUGAAAGCAGCUCAAGAUGGAGAUUACAACCAAUUGGCAGAUCCGCGACUAGAGCUAAACUACAAUCAUCAAGAGAUGGUUCAAAUGGCUUCUUGUGCAGCUGCAGCAAUAAGACACUCAGCAAGAAGACGGCCUAAGAUGAGCCAGGAAAUGGAUUCGGAAGCUGUGAAGGAGUUUAUACGAAGGGAAGUUCCGGAUUGGGACGAUGAGGUGGUGGCGACGGCUAGAUUCAAGGCGUUUAGUGGGCAGAGAUCCGAUUGGGAACUUAAAUUUCAGUUUUGGCGUGAUUUGAUCCUCAAGGUUUCGCGUCAGUUUGGGUUGUUCAUCAUUGAUCCUGUUCAGGUGAAGAAGGCGUGGUUUAAUCGAGGAGGAAUAACGCCUUUAUGCAUUGAUCAUGUUCUGUUAUUGAUGCAUAGUGAAGGUGAUGUUGUGCGGAUUAGCGAUCUUGAUGAUCCGGGUAAUGGCCGUAUUUCUCGUUUAUUGAGGACAGUGAGGAACUUGAUGGUUCAACAGUCAGUGAAGCAGGAAGAGAUUCUGGAAACUAAACUUGUUAUUGUACCACUCUUGAAGGAGAAGGCGGGUGAUGUGGUUAAUAUUUUAUCUGAGGGACACUGGACUUCUACUUGUGUUGUCACGCUGAAGAAGUUUCGGAAUUUGUGCAACGGCUCGAAUGAGGCAUCUGCUGUUUUGAGUCACUUGUCAGGGUGUGGAAAAGCGCAUAAAAUCUCUAUCUAUCAGGGAGAACUGAUCGAGGGCGUUAAAGUAUCCUUUUCACAAGCAGCACUUCCUAGCAUCUCAACUUUAGAUUGUGAUAUUCUGCACUUGCUAAGGACUACAGAAAAGCUCCACGAUCAACUUGAAGUGAUGGACCAACGUUGUGAAAAGUCAAAGAAAUCAGCGCUGGCAUCUCUAAAGUCUGGACACAGGAAAGUUGCUCUAAGGCAUGCAAGGGAAUUGAAGUUGGCGACUGAGAGCAGAGAAAAAUGCACGUCACUUCUGAACAGAGUAGAAGAAGUGUUGAACACUAUAGCGGAUUCUGAAUCUACGAAAAUGGUCUCAGAAGCAAUCAAAACUGGAGCUAGGGUCAUGAAGGACAUCAAGAUCAGUGCAGAUGAUGUUCAUGACUAUUUAGAAGAACUUGAGGAAACUAUUGAAUCACAGAAGCAAGUCGAAAAAGCUCUCGAAUCAGCUCCAUAUCCAGAUACUGAUGAUGAAAAUUUCGAAGAAGAAUUACUGGAAUUAGAGAUGGACCUUGAAAGUGAAAGUUCUCAGGUCCUACCAGCGACUUUAGAUACUGCAGAUUCACUGACUGAGAUGUUCUCAGAGCUUAAACUUGGCAAGACGAAACAAACAUUGGAAGAGCAAGCUACUGAGCCAGCUCGGAUGAAAGAUAGCGGAAAAAAGAUUCUUGAAGCAGCAUAGCUGAACAAUGCAUCUUCAUUGUGGUGCGAUCUCUUCUCUUCUUGUUGUACUUAAGAGAAGAAAUACACUCGGUAUCAUAUAGAUAGAAUAGAACCGGGUAAAGUGAGUUGAGUAUUUGUAUGCUAUGCCUCUUGUUCGGAUUCUAGAAACAAUAGCUUCACUCCAUUGUAUAAAGUCGAAUGAUGAUU